GCCGGGGUUGGGUUAGCUAGGUGGAAAGCAUGGCCAGCCUUAGAGAGAUGCUUAUUGAAAUUCUCAAUUUAUCAUGGAUUUAUCAGUGGUGACAGUGUUUCCAAGUCUCAUUGCUGUGGGCAGCUGGGAGGAGGUGUUCUUAUUCUCCAUGGACUUUAGUGUCCCAAAACUUUUUGGAAUUAGUGCUGAAUAACGCCUAGUGUUUUCGAGAGAUAACAGUAACGCAGCUAGCUAGAUGACCGCUGUCAAAAUGUCAUUUUAUUGAACCUUUAUUUUUAUCAGGGAGUCAUACUAAAACUAUGGUCUCUUUCACAGAUGAGCCCUGAAUUACAGGAAAUAUUUGUGUUGUAAAGUUUGGUCUCGAGACCACAUAUUGAGUGUCUCGAUAUUGUCUCUGUGUCAGAUACAUUUGUACUCGUCUCAGACAGUGAGGAUGUAAUUUCUUCCCGAGUCCCAUUGUCAGCUAAUAAAACGGCUUCAUUUUAUGUUCUACAUUGUAGAAUAGUGAAGACCUCAAAACUAUGAAAUAACACAUGGAAUCAUGUAGUAACUUUUUUUUAAACAAAUCAAAAUGUAAUAUAUAUUUGAGAUUCUUCAAAGUAGCCACACCAGCUUCACCUGGAAUGCUUGGAGUUCCCACAUGCUGAGCACUUGUUGGCUGCUUUUCCUUUACUCUGCGGUCCAACUCAUCCCAAACCAUCUCAAUUGGGUUGAGGUCGGGAGAUUGUGGAAGCCAGGUUUUAUUUAUUUUAUUUUUUACUUAAUCUUAUUUAACUAGGUCAUCGGUUGCAGCACUCAUCACUCUCAUUCUUGGUCAAAUAGCCCUUACACAGCCUGGAGGUGUUUUGGGUAAUUUUCCUGUUGAAAAACAAAUGAUAGUCCCAUUAAGUGCAAACCAAAUGGGAUAGCGUAUUGCUGCAGGAUGCUGUGGUAGCCAUGCUGGGUAAGUGUGCCUUGAAUUAUAAAUAAAUCACCAACUGUGUCACCAGCAAAGCACCCAUCACACCACCUACCAGCAUCACGGUGAGAACCACACAUGCGGUUCUUGAAUGAGUAAGUGUGCCAACUUUUUUGACUGGUACUGUACAUAUUCCUUUCUUGAAACAUGAAUAUCUUAACAAAUCUUAAUGUUUGCGCAGUAAUGAACCAAUAGUCCAAAAUACAGUCAACAUUGCUUAUACACACUACUUAGUACCUACUGAUGCGUAUGAAAGUCAUGUAGUGGCGGUAUAGGGCAUAUCAAUUAUGUAUUACAAUAGAGAAAUCAUGCACAAAGUAGCCUACACAAUCGCAAUCCAUGUGAAAUAUAUUAACAUGCGUGCCGCGCCACACACGCAGCCUACUUUCAGCGGAAUAAAUCAAAUCACAUUUUAUUAGUCACAUGCGCCCCUAAUCAACAAUGCAGUUAAAUAUAUAUGUGAAUAAGAAAUACAAAUAACAAGUAAUUAAAGAGCAGCAGUAAAAUAACAAUAGCGAGACUAUUAUACAGGGGGAAACCGGUACAGAGUCAAUGUGCGGGGACAGUGGUUAGUUGAGGUAAUAUGUACAUUAGGUAGUUAUUAAAGUGACUAUGCAUAGAUAAUAAACAGAGUAGCAGUGGUGUAAAAGUGGGGGGAGCGGAUGCAAAUAGCCUGGGUAGCCAUUUGAUUAAAUGUUCAGGAGUCUUAUGGGUUGGGGGUAGAAGCUGUUUUAGAAGCCUCUUGGACCUAGACAUGGUGCUCCGGUACUGCUUGUGUUGCGGUAGCAGAGAGAACAGCAUGACGAGGGUGGCUGGAGUCUUUGACAAUUUUUAGGGCCUUCCUUUGACACCAUAUCAUUUAGUUUACUUGAUAGCUACCUACACAAAUAGCUAGCUAGAAUAAAGUGUUAAUAACAAGAUAAAACUUAAUUUAAAUUUGGUAAGACCGCUUUAAGUUUCCCUGCAUUAAAGUCCCCGGCCACUAAGUGUGCUGCCUCUGCGUGAGCGUUUUCCUGUUUGCUUAUGGCGGAAUACAGCUCAUUGAGUGCGGUCUUCGUGCCAGACUCAGUCUGUGGUGGUAUGUCGACAGCUAUGAAAAGUACAGAUAAACUCUCUAGGUAGAUGGUGUGGUCUACAGCUUAUCAUGAAAUACUCUACCACAGGCGAGCAAAACCUUGGGACUUUCUUAGAUAUCCUGCACCAGCUGUUAAUUACAAAAAUAGUCUGCCGCCCCUUGUCUUACCAGACGCCACUGUUCUACCCUGCUGAUACAGCGUAUAACCAGCCAGCUGUAUGUUGAUAAUGUCGUCGUUCAGCCACGACUCUGUGAAAUAAUCUAUUACAGUUUUGAAUGUCCCGUUAGUAAUUUAAUCUUCUGCCUAGGUUAUCCAUUUUAUUUUCCAAAGUUUGCACGUUUGCUAGCAGAAUGGAAGGCAGUGGGGGUUUAUUUGAUCGCCCACAAAUUCUCAGAAGCCUGCCCUCAGGCCCCCUUUUCUCAGCCUUCUCUUCAUGCAAAUGACGGGGAUCUGGGCCUGUUCCCGGGAAAGCAAUAUGUCAUUCUCGUUGGACUCGUUAACGUGGGAAAAAAGGAUUCUGCCAGUUCGUGGUGAGUAAUCGCAGUUCUGAUGUCCAGAAGUUAUUUUCGGUCAUAAGAGACGGUGGAAGCAACAUUAUGUACAAAAUAAGUUAAAGAAACAAAAAAACACAAUUGGAUAGGAGCAUGUAAAACGUCAGCCGCCUUCACCGGCGCAAUCUUAUUUACACUUUAGGCAUUUAGCAGACGCUCUAUCCAGAGCGACUUACAGUAGUGAGUGCAUAUAUUUUUGUACUGGUCCCCCAUGGGAAUCAAACCCACCACCCUGGCAUUACAAGCGCCAUGCUCUACCAACUGAUCCACAUGGGGCAUCUGCAGGCAUCAGCAGUGCUCAGCAGCUGUUUUUUUUGUUGCAUGGAGCAGCUCACAGAAUGACAUCUGUAGCUGGUAGCGUAGGAAAUAUGUUUAAAUUUAUAUCUACCAGUAAAUGCUAACUAAGACAGCAAUGGGUAUGCAAACCAGGUAUUGAAAAAGUUUAGUCUGAAGUGUUGAUUAGGCUAUUUGUGAUGCGCAAUUGUCAUCAUGCUGUUUGCAUCAGGGGCAUAGACAUCAAUGAAUCAAAUGUAUUUAGGAAGCCCUUUUUACAUCAGUCGAUGUCAGUGCUGUUUUUUUAUUUUUUUAUUUUACCUUUAUUUAACCAGGUAGGCAAGUUGAGAACAAGUUCUCAUUUACAAUUGCGACCUGGCCAAGAUAAAGCAAAGCAGUUCGACACAUACAACAACACAGAGUUACACAUGGAUUAAAACAAACAUACAGUCAAUAAUACAGUAUAAACAAGUCUAUAUACGAUGUGAGAUAAGGGAGGUAAAGGCAAAAAAAGGCCAUGGUGUCAAAGUAAAUACAAUAUAGCAAGUAAAACACUGGAAUGGUAGAUUUGCAAUGGAAGAAUGUGCAAAGUAGAAAUAAAAAUAAUGGGGUGCAAAGGAGCAAAAUAAAUACAGUAGGGAAAGAUGUAGUUGUUUGGGCUAAAUUAUAGAUGGGCUAUGUAUAGGUGCAGUAAUCUGUGAGCUGCUCUGACAGUUGGGGCUUAAAGCUAGUGAGGGACAUAAGUGUUUCCAGUUUCAGAGAUUUUUGUCGUUCGUUCCAGUCAUUGGCAGUAGAGAACUGGAAGGAGAGCCGGCCAAAGAAAGGAUUGGUUUUGGGGGUGACCAGAGAGAUAUACCUGCUGGAGCGCGUGCUACAGGUGGGUGAUGCUAUGGUGACCAGCGAGCUAAGGGGGGACUUUACCUAGCAGGGUCUUGUAGAUGACAUGGAGCCAGUGGGUUUGGAGACGAGUAUGAAGCGAGGGCCAGCCAUCGAGAGCGUACAGGUCGCAAUGUUGGGUAGUAUAUGGGGCUUUGGUGACAAAAUGGAUUGCACUGUGAUAGACUGCAUCCAAUUUGUUGAGUAAGGUAUUGGAGGCUAUUUUGUAAAUGACAUCGCCGAAGUCGAAGAUUGGUAGGAUGGUCAGUUUUACAAGGGUAUGUUUGGCAGCAUGAGUGAAGGAUGCUUUGUUGCGAAAUAGGAAGCCAAUUCUAGAUUUAACUUUGGAUUGGAGAUGUUUGAUGUGGGUCUGGAAGGAGACUUAGGCUAACCAGACACCUAGGUAUUUGUAGUUGUCCAUGUAUUCUAAGUCAGAGCCGUCCAGAGUAGUGAUGUUGGACAGGCGGGCAGGUGCAGGCAGCGAUCGGUUGAAGAGCAUGCAUUUAGUUUUACUUGUAUUUAAGAGCAAUUGGAGGCCACGGAAGGAGAGUUGUAUGGCAUUGAAGCUUGCAUGGAGGGUUGUUAAUACCGUGUCCAAAGAAGGGCCAGCAGUAUACAGAAUGGUGUCGUCUGCGUAGAGGUGGAUCAGAGACUCAGCAGCAGCAAGAGCGACAUCAUUGAUGUAUACAGAGAAGAGAGUUGGUCCAAGAAUUGAACCCUGUGGCACCCCCAGAGACUGCCAAAGGUCCAGACAGCAGACCCUCCGAUUUAACACACUGAACUCUAUCAGAGAAGUAGUUGGUGAGGCAAUCAUUUGAGAAACCAAGGCUGUCGAGUCUGCCUAUGAGGAUGUGGUGAUUGACAGAGUCGAAAGCCUUGGCCAGAUCAAAGAAUACGGCUGCACGGUAAUGUUUCUUAUCGAUGGCGGUUAAGAUAUCGUUUAGAACCUUGAGCGUGGUUGAGGUGCACCCAUGACCAGCUCUGAAACCAGAUUAGAUAGCAGAGAAGGUAUGGUGAGAUUUGAAAUAGUCGGUAAUCUAUUGACUUGGCUUUCGAAGACCUUAGAAAGGCAGGGUAGGAUAGAUAUAGGUCUGUAGCAGUUUGGGUCAAGAGUGUCCCCCCACCUUUGAAGAGGGGGAUGACCGCAGCUGCUUUCCAAUCUUUGGGAAUCUCAGACGACACGAAAGAGAGGUUGAACAGGCUUGUAAUAGGGGUGGCAACAAUUUCGGCAGAUAAUCUUUUAGAAAGAAAGGGUCCAGAUUGUCUAGCCCAGCUGAUUUGUAGGUGCCCGGCUGAUUUGUAGGGGUCCAGAUUUUGCAGCUCUUUCAGAACAUCAGCUGACUGGAUUUGGGAGAAGGAGAAAUGGGGAAGGCUUGGGCGAGUUGCAGGGGGGGUGUAGUGCUGUUGACCGGGGUAGGAGUAGCCAGGUGGAAAGCAUGGCCAGCCGUAGGAAACACUGUCACCACUAAUAAAUCCACUAUAAUUGAGAAUUUCAAUAAGCAUUUUUCUAUCUUCAGUGCAGUGGGCAGCUGGGAGGAGGUGUUCUUAUUCUCCAUGGACUUUACAGUGUCCCAGAACUGUUUUGAGUUAGUGUUGCAGGAGCAAAUUUCUGCUUGAAAAAGCUAGCCUUGGCUUUAACUGCCUGUGUAUAAUGGUUUCUAGCUUCCCUGAACAGCUGCAUAUCACGGGGCUGUUUGAUGCUAAUGCAGAACGCCACAGGAUGUUUUUGUGCUGGUCAAGGGCAGUCAGGUCUGGGGAGAACCAAGGGCUAUAUCUGUUCCUGGUUCUAAAUUUCUUGAAUGGGGCAUGCUUAUUUAAGAUGGUUAGGAAGGCAUUUAAAAAAAUCAAUAUGCUUCCAGGAGACCCCGGCCAGGUCGAUUAGAAAGGCCUGCUCGCUGAAGUGUUUCAGGGAGCGUUUGACAGUGAUGAGUGGAGGUCGUUUGACCGCUGACCCAUUACGGAUGCAGGCAAUAAGGCAGUGGAUGGGCCUGGGUGGACAGAGGCCCACCCAAUGGGGAGCCAGACCCUGACAAGCCCACCCAAUCAGAUUUAUGUGGUUUCAGCAUUGUUGUGGACUUAGACCAUCAAAGUUGUAUUUUCUAUUAAAGAAAGUGUACUUUUUUUGUUGUUGAGUGGGGGGUGAAAAUCUGGAAAACCAUAACUUGAUUUUUCACACAGGGUGCCUUUCUCUGGGUAGGCCAUUUGGGAACUUUUUUGGCUAAAUUUGAUUAUACCCACUUCUCCAGGCACCACUACACAACUGUAUAGGGCCGAUGGAAAGACAGCAGUCACACACAGUAUGAUGUUAAAGGAUAAGCAGUCCAUGAACUCGGACAUAAUAAGCCAGUAGAUCCCGAUCAUAAGAAUACAAAAACACAGCUAUUUGGCGUUUCCCAAUCAAAAUGUACAACUAUUACUCCCGUUGCAUGAAACAGUUGGCACACAAAGUAACCAGUGACUUAAAGUGAAACUGACAGUGUAACGGAUGUGAAACUGCUAGCUUAGUUAGCGGUGCACUAAAUAGCGUUUCAAUCGGUGACGUCACUUGCUCUGAGACCUUGAAGUAGUGGUUCCCCUUUUUCUGCAAGGGCCGAGGCUUUUGUGGAGCGAUGGGUAACGACGCUUCGAGGGUGACUGUUGUUGAUGUGUGCAGAAGGUCCCUGGUUCGCGCCCGGGUAUGGGCGAGGGGACAGUUUAAAAUUAUACUGUUACAACAGCAUUUGAACUGCUUUGCAGAUAUGAAACAAACAGACAAUCAUAAUAUCAGUCAAGUUUUAAAAAUAGGUUCUAUUUGACUCAACAUCCAUGACGUACACUAAGGCAUUGUUGGCAGAAUAGAGUAAUACAGUUCAAUGUAUGAUUACUAUUCAUCAAUACAUUUCUUGGUAGUCCCAAAAGUAUUUUCAUCAGGUUGUAAAUUACAUCUGGCCUGGUACAUUGUUUGCUGCCUCCAUAUGGGAUGCACUGUUUUAAUGACUCAAUAUUCUGGACAAAAACUGACAAAUGUAACCAAGGCUGAGAAUGUCAAUACAUUCAAACUAGCAAGGGCAAUGAUCACAAAUCAGCCAUAAUGUGGCUAAUAGGCUAACGUAUCUAUUUAUGUAGCACGCUAAAAACACAGAGCCUAAUGUUGGCUUGGAUGACAUGCCAUUGCAGGAGUGGGUGGGUGAGUGACUGACUUUUUCCCCUUAUUGUUUUUUUGGUGGCUAUACAAUGCUAGAGAAGCAGGUUUCAUUCGGUUAUUUAUCUAGAACUUGUACAACUAUUAUAUAGUAAGCAUAUCUCUUGCGUUUGCAAAUUCACUCUAUCUACUUUGAUUUCGGAGCACUCUCGUCUGCGUACCAGAGCGCAGAACUGAUGAAUUUACGAACGGAACACCUGCUGAAUAUGACCGAUAUCAGUAAACGUAGGGGGGGGGUAGUCAACAUGUAAGCAGCCUAACCAGCUCUACUGCGCCGAGUAAAAUGGUCAGAGUGAGGUGUUCUCAUUUGUGUCUGGGAGUAGCAAGCUAGCCAACUUUAGCCAGUUAGCUUGGGUGGUUGUUUGGGACAAGCAUGCAUUGGCAGGCAAGCUACAGAAGGAAGAGUAGGUUACAAUUCCCUAUGGUUUAUCAUUGCAAUUUUGAUGGCCAACUAGCCGAAAAAGUUUGAGUGUUUAUCUAAUGUUCCUUCAUUAGAUUUGCGCUUAUCUUGCUCUGGCUUGCUCAUAACAGAGGGACAGAGAGUCUACCUUUUUCAUGGUUGUUUGGUCAAUAGGACUGUAAAGUUCCAAAAUGUAAGAGGACUCCUGUGGUGUUUUACAUAUUUGCAGAAAUCCAUUCGGGUGUAUUUUGUGGCUUUUGGCUAAUGCGUUCUAAUAAUCUAAAUUCGCGCUGUUCAACUGCCUGUAAACACACAGUUCAGUUCAAAGUAAAUGAUGGCAGCCGCUGGUGUCAAAUGGCUUGUUUGUAAUGGUCUACUGUCACUCUGAUUGUCUACAGCGCACCAAGUGUUUUUAUCCGGUUUUAUUUGCUGCAGUGUCUAUUAAUUGUUCAAAUGCACGGCCACUUUCCCACUAUAUUGCUAUAGAAUUUUCACAAAUGCCUUCCUAAACUUUCUAGGAAUUUAGGAAAAUGACUAAGUGGUCGCUUGUCAGACCAUUUUAAAGUGUCCUUCUUUCUGGGGGUGUAUAUGGACAGAUUUGAGUAAGGUUUCAUAUUGCUAAAAUGCUGUCCAUUCCACUUUAAAUGCAACAAUGUUUCACAUGCACACAAGGUAUUUUCAAAUAGAUGUCUAACGGCGAGCAUGCUGCAGUAAAAAAAUCCAGUUCCACUCACCAGAUGAUGAUCAUUUGAAACUUCUUUUUGAAAGUUAAUUCUUGAAAAGGGAGAAGCUAACAAAUUAGCAACAACAUCCUCUUUGAUAACACCUGCUGCAGCCGCUGCAAACUAGCUGGACCUUGUGAAAACUCAUGCUUGCUAUUGCGCAGUGACCUAUUGGCCUUCAAGAAGGCAGAAGUUUCUGUACGUUUUUGUAAAAACGGUCCCACUUAUUAAGUCAAAAUAUGAUUGGUUGAUUCCACUGUCACUCCAAAAAAAAUUACCUAAUACAGUUGAGCAUUUCACUUAAGGUCUACACCUGUUGUAUUUGGCAUAUGUGACAAAAGCUUUGAUUUGAAUGGCAGAUGCCUUUUAUCUAGCUUCUGAUGGCUUAGCCAAUGGCUGACUUGGAUAGCUAGAUUUAUCUCCCCAGAGACCAGCACAGAAAAAUCCUGAUUGGGUAUUUUUUUUUCUCUUUAGUGUUAAACCUUUCCAACAAAAUUUAAGAGAUUAAAUCGGAACAUCAUUGAAAGUAAUUAUAAUUAUUGUUCCCUGUGUUUGGGUUAAUAAUAAUUCAUAGUGGCUCUAUUUUCCCUCAGCAUGCUUUGUUUCACUAUAUAGAAUCCAUAUGAUCUGAAAUAUGAACACAGAAAUACUGGACAUUUUGAACUCUUAUUAUGGUGAUUUGACAAUUACAAUCAUCGUCUUGACUCGGACUCAAUUUGCUCCCGAACACAACACUGGAAAAUACACACCAAUUUGUUUAAUAUUUUAGGUAGUUAAAAAGUAUUAUGUCUUGUGUGGAUUUAUACACUAUGAGACUAAACUUGCCUGUUUUUAAUGGAGAUUUGUAUUUAUGAAGGUGCAAGAGUUCAAUAUUGUUAGUUUGUGGGAUGGACUCUUUGUAUGACAUCUAUUUUUUCUUCCUAUAAGAUAUCUAUUUAUUGUUCAAGCUGUAUAAUUCUACCAGCCAGGCGUGAUCUACGUUCCACCUUUCUGGUCUUCCAACCCACCCCCAGGUACAGUAACAACAUGUCUUCUGGCCCACCUCAGUCGCCCGCAGUGGCUAAGACAGAGGUGACUGUCGAAGGAGAAUGCCCUCUCCUCGCCGCCACCUUUGCCUACUGGGACAACAUCCUAGGCCCGCGAGUGCGCCACAUCUGGGCUCCCAGGUGUGAGCAGCCGCUGUUGCUGAGUGACGGUGAAGUCACCUUCCUGGCCAAUCACACUCUGAACGGGGAGAUUCUGCGCAGCGCUGAGUGUGGAGCGGUGGACGUCAAGUUCUUUGUCCUAGCUGAGAAGGGCGUCAUCAUUGUCUCUCUGAUCUUUGACGGCGAGCUGAAGGGUGACAAGAACACGUGUGCCCUGUCCAUUAUUCUUCCACAGACAGAGCUGGCCUUCUACCUGCCCCUGCACACUGUCUGUGUGGAGAGGCUCAAACACAUAAUCCGCAAGGGACGCAUCUGGAUGCAGAAAGGCUACAACAUCAUUUCUGUGCUGACAUCAGAGAUUGUCCCCAUCAUGGAGCUGCUGUCCUCCAUGAAGACACACAGUGUCCCAGAGGACAUAGAUAUCAAGGACACCAUCCUAAAUGAUGACGAUAUUGGAGACAGCUGCCAUGAAGACUUCCUGCAUAAGGCCAUCAGUUCUCAUCUCCAAACAUGUGGCUGCUCCAUGGUGGUCGGAAGCAACCCAGACAAAGUCAACAAGAUAGUGCGAACACUGAGCCUUUUCCUCACCCCUGCUGAGAGGAAGUGCUCUCGGCUCUGUAAAGCUGACUCCUCUUUCAAGUACGACACAGGACUGUUUGUACAAGGCCUCCUCAAGGACUCCACGGGCAGCUUCGUCUUGCCCUUCCGCCAGGUGCUGUACUCGCCCUACCCGACCACACACAUCGACGUGGACAUCAACACGGUUAAGCAGAUGCCACCCUGCCAUGAGCACACGUACAACCAGCGCCUCUACAUGCGCUCGGAGCUCAGCACACUCUGGAAGGCAGCCAGCGAGGAUGACAUCGCCCCCGACGCUGUCAUUCACACCGAUGAGUCCUUCACCCCCAACCUAAAUAUUUUUCAGGAUGUUAUGCAUAAAGACACUCUGGUGAAGUUAUUUAUAGAUGAGGUGUUCAUGCUGAAGCCAGGCCUCAAUCUGCGAAGUACUUACUUAGCCCAGUUCUUGCUGAUCCUUCACAGGAAGGCUCUCACGCUACUCAAAUACAUUGAAGAUGAAACGCAAAAGGGAAAGAAGCCUUUCCGCUCCUUGCGCAGCUUGAAGACAGACCUCGACCUGAUGGUGGAAGGCGACUUGAAUAUUGUCAUGGCUUUUGCUGAGAAGCUGAGGGCUGGACUGCACUCCUUUGUAUUUGGGAAGCCAUUCUACACCAGUGUACAGGAGCGAGACGUGCUCAUGAGUUUUUGACUCUUUUACUCUUAUCCUCAUGACUUAUGUUUGUUAUCUUUAAUUAUUUAUUUUUAUUGUAGCAUUGUCAUUAAGGAACCUGCAAGUAAGCAUUUCAUUGGACGGUGUAUACCAAGGUUAUUAUAGUAAAAUAAACAAAUUGUAAAAACAAUAUAGUAAACAAAUAACAUUUGCUGAAACGUAUAAUUGACUGCAAAACGAACUAAAAUGGAAGCCAUCAUAAAUUGUUUUUCCCCUUCUAAACAAAUCUAAUACGAUGUAACCUUUUUUUCUAAUGGGGUUUUUGAGCUUCUGAAUAUGGUGUUUAAGUACUGCCAGUAGAUGCUGACGUUUCAAUAGGCUUAGUUUGUGCAUUGCUAUCACUAGCUAACAGGGAAGAAAUCUGAGGGCAAGUGCAGAGCCGGACUGGGCUAAGCUAGAACAGCUUGUAAAGUUGGAGCCGUUCACAAUCUACAGCGACAAACUUCAGACUGACAGACAGUUGCUGUCUGAUGUGCCGUGCCUUCUCACUUGCAAUCUACUAGUACUGGGGGGGAGAGAGUGAGAAAGACACCUCUAGCAAGGAUGGCUGUUUAUCCUAAGCUGUGGCACUGGAUCUGGUUUCUGCCCCUGCAUCCCAAGAGAAUAUUCUUUGUCCGUGGGCAACUGUCAUCAGGCUUAAGAAACCGAACGACCAUCUCUCUGGAACCCAGUCUUCUUGAAGAUGAACCAGAAUCUUGUUUGGUGGAGCAGAAACACACACAAGCUGGCUGGCUUUGAACUGAUAGAUUUGUGAAUGUGUUGCUAAUGUUUUUGCAGCCAUUUUUAUUAACCUAUUUGAAGGGCUUAGUCAGUUACACAUGUUUAAUAUUACAUAAACAUAAAAUGUCAAAUGGGCCAGGACUUCAUUUGUUUUUUCCUUUCUGUCAGGUAAAGGUACCUGACUCUUAUCUGCUACUACAUUUUUAAAAGCAUUGGAAUUGUGUUAACAUGGGCAAGAGUUUCCUUCCACCAUAAUUCUUGCAUCAGUCUUGGUGUUUAUCUUUUUAAAUCCAAGAUGUUAGGCCUAUCACGUUAUGUAUUACUGCCCCCCCGCAAGAAGUGACAUCCACCCCAAACUAACUAUAGACCGACAACACACAUGGCUCCUGUUUUUCUCAAACAAACUAAAGUAAAACUAGUAAACCAAGUCUGAUCUAACAAACUAAACUGAAUUUCAAAUUAAAAACAAUAGAAAUAACAUUAAAUUACAAAACUAUAAUAACCUUGACGUAUACCAUGCAUAUCCUGUACAUAUGACUAAUAAAACUUACCCAUUUCAAGA